CACGGCCUGCUGAGCCAGACCAGGGCCGGGCUGCAGACCUCCUCCCGCAGGCGUCCGUCCGGCCAGCCGCGCACGCGCACGCACUCGCGCACGCCGCCCCCCCAUUUGGGCGCCGGGUGUCGGCGGCGCGCGCGCGGCAAAUGGAGUGGGUCCUCGCGGAAACGCUGCUGUCGCAGAGCCGGGACCCCCGGGUCCUGCUUGGGGCGCUGUGCCGCGGGGAGGCGUCCGCGGAGCGCGUGGAGACGCUGUGCUUUCUGCUGCAGCGACUCGAGGACGAGGAGGCGCACCGUGGCGGCGGGGGCGCGGGCGCGCUCCCGGAGGCGGCGCGCGAGGUCGCAGCCGGGUACCUGGUUCCGCUGCUGCGGGGCCUGCGCGGGCGCCCCGCGGUCGGCUCGGACCCGCCCGACGCGGCGGCGCUGGCGGCCGGGAGGCUGCUGCCGGCGCUGGGCCAGUGCGGCGGAGCGGUGUUGCGGGCCGUAUGGGGCGGGUUGGUCGCAGCCGGGGCGCCCUCGGGGCCGGGCCACGUCGGGCCGCAGCUGCUGGUGCUGAGCGCCCUGGCCGAGAGGCUGCUGCCGGAACCCGGCGCCGACCGCGGUCCUGGGGCGGGAGAGGAGGACCCCGACGCGCGGCGCUGCUGGCGCUUCUGGAGGACGGUGCAGGCGGGGCUGGCCCAGGCCCAGGACGCCUUGACGCGCAAGCGAGCGCGCUACCUGCUGCAGAGGGCGGUGGAGGUGUCGGCGGAGCUGGGGGCCCACUGCACCUGCGGCCCCCAGGAAGGAAACGGCCCAAGUCUGUUUUGGUGGUCUGUGAAGAAGAAAGAUGAGCUUCUAAAGUUUUGGGAAAACUAUAUUUUAAUUAUGGAAACUCUAGAAGGAAAUCAGAUCCACGUGAUAAAGCCAGUUUUACCAAAGCUAAACAGUCUGUUUGAAUAUGCAGUGUCAGAGGAAAACGGGUGUUGGCUUGUUCACCCGUCCUGGCAUAUGUGUAUUUAUAAAAGAAUGUUUGAAAGUGAAAAUAAAAUCCUGACCAAAGAAGGUGUUAUCCAUUUUUUGGAGCUGUAUGAAACAAAGAUCCUUCCAUUUUCACCAGAGUUUUCUGAGUUUAUUAUUGGACCAUUAAUGGAUGCGCUUUCGGAGAGCUCUCUGUACAUCAGGUCCCCAGGCCAGCUGUUAGGAAGUGGUUCUCCAUUGGGAUUGAAAUUACAGAAGUUUUUAGUCACUUAUGUUUCUCUUCUUCCAGAAGAAAUAAAGAGUAGUUUCCUAUUAAAGUUUAUUCAGAAGAUGACAAGUAGACAUUGGUGUGCCAUUCCCAUUUUGUUUCUGUCUAAGGCUUUGGCAAACGUCCCAAGAUGUAAAGCCCUGGGUAUAGAAGGGCUUCUUGCUCUCAGGGAUGUUCUUCAGUGCACUAUGACCACCCAUCAGAUUCUGCUGAGAGGGGCAGCUCAGGGCUAUCUUCUUCAAACAGCUAUGAAUUUGGUAGAUGUGGAGAAGGUGUCACUUUCAGAUGUUUCAACUUUUCUCAUGUCUCUGAGACAAGAGGAGUCCUUAGGACGAGGAACCUCAUUGUGGACAGAGCUCUGUGAUUGGUUGUGUGUUAAUGAAAGCUGUUUCAGGCGAGCCUCGGCUUGCAGCUCCAUCGGACUUCCUGAGACAUCCUCUUUAAAUGCUUACGUGAAGAACCUCGUUGAAGAGUAUAUUAAGUCACCUGCUUGGGAAACAGGAGAAGACUGCUUUAUGCCGGACUGGUUUGAAGCCAAGCUUGUUGCAAUGAUGGUCUUGCUGGCCGUAGAUGUGGAAGGAAUGAAGACUCAGUACAGUGAAAAGCGGAGAACACAGAAUGUAUUCAGGAUAUUCUUAGACCCUCUUCUGGAAUCCCUUACGAAGCUGGGCACAAAUGCCUACAUGCCCUUGCUGAGAACUGACCGAUGCCUCCAGCUCCUGUUGAAGUUAUUGCACACUUGCUUGUUGAGAGGUUCCAGUGCCCAAGAUGAUGAGGUGUUCACACUUCUCCAGAGCUUCCUCAUGUCUCCUACCGAGAGCAUUUCCGAAUUUAUCCUCCGACGGCUUACUAUGAAUGAACUAAGUAGUGUUUCGGAUCUGGAUCGUUGCCAUUUAUACCUGAUGGUAUUAACUGAGCUUAUAAAUAUCCAUUUGAAAGUUGGGUGGAAAAGAGGCAACCCCAUUUGGAGAGUUAUUUCUCCUCUGCAAAAUGCAUCCAUUCGGCAUCUUCAAGAGAUGGACAGUGGACAGGAGCCAACGCUUGCCCAGCAGAUUCAGAGAGUCGUGAGUAUGGCCGCCUUGGCCAUGGUGUGUGAGGCCGUUGACCAGACGCCGGAACUGCAGCUCGACUGUCCAGAUGCCGGACCCACGGAAAGGUUCCUCUCCUCCCUCCCACUCAACCACACGCUGCAGAAGCCCCGCACAGAGGAGCAGAGCAGUUUUUUUGAAGAAUCAUCAGCUUCCCAAGGAUGGGGGAAAAUAGUCGCACAAUAUAUUCAUGAUCAGUGGGUCUGCCUCUCUUUCUUGUUGAGAAAAUAUCACACCUUGAUACCAGUGUCGGAGGGUGAUGUUCCAGAACCCGUCCUGCCUGCCGUUCAGAGGCCGGUAAGGACUCUGCAGUCUGCGCUUGGUGCCCUCACAGUCCUGCCUUCAGACCGAGUCUUGCCUGUGUUCCACUGCAUGAAAGUUCUGGUUCCCAAGCUUUUGACCUCCUCUGAAUCACUCUGUGUAGAGUCUUUUGACAUGGCUUGGAAAAUUAUAUCUGCUUUAAGCAACACUCAGCUGAUAUUCUGGUCUAAUUUAAAAGCUUUUGUUCAGUUUGUCUUUGACACCAAAGUUCUUACCAUUGCUGCAAAAAUCAAGGGCCAGGCGUAUUUCAAAAUAAAAGAGAUUAUGUACAAGAUGAUUGAAAUGUCUGCUGUAAAAACUGGAGUCUUCAAUACACUGAUAAGUUAUUGCUGCAAAUCUUGGAUAGUUUCUGCUUCAGAUGUGUUCCAAGUAUCUUUAUCAAGUGCUAAACGUUAUAGCGAACUUGUCCUCGAGGCUUGUAUAUUUGGAACCGUGUUUAGGCGUGAUCAAAGACUUAUUCAGGAUGUGCAGACCUACAUAGAAAAUCUCGGACACGAUUGUGCAGCAAACACGGUUAUUGAAAAUACUAAAAGAGAAGACCACUAUGUGAGAAUUUGUGCAGUCAAAUUCCUGUGUUUAUUACAUGGCUCAAAUGUGUCUCAUAAGUUGUUUAUGGAAGAUCUUGCAAUCAAGCUCUUAGAUAAAGAUGACCUGGUGUCCAAGUGCAGGACCCGGCACUACGUGAACUCGCAGCAGCACCGGCUGAAAAACCGGAUAUGGCAGACGCUGCUCGUGCUCUUCCCCAGCUUCGACCAGAAUUUUUUGAAUAGAAUUAUUGACAAGAUUUUCCAGGCUGGUUUCAUCAAUACUCAAGCAUCCAUAAAAUAUUUUAUAGAAUGGAUUAUUAUAUUGAUUCUUCAUAAAUUUCCUCAAUUUCUCCUGAAGUUCUGGGAUUGUUUUUCUUAUGGUGAAGAAAACCUUAAAACAAGCAUUUGUACAUUUUUAUCCGUUUUGUCACAUUUGGACAUCAUCACUCAAAAUAUUCCCGAAAAGAAACCAGUUCUGAAGCAAGCCCUUAUUAUUGCGCUGCAGCAGUGCUUCCAUCCCAACUUCAGUGUCCGACUGUAUGCCUUAGUCGCUCUUAAGAAGAUCUGGAGCAUGUGUAAGACACUGCACGUUGAAGAAUUUGAUGCUUUGACAUCUGUUAUUGAAUCCAGUCUCAACCAGGUGGAAAACAUGCCUGGAACAGGGAAUGCGAAGAAGAAUUGGCAACGCAUCCAGGAGCAUUUCUUUUUUGCAACAUUUCACCCAGUUCAGGAUUACUGUCUGGAGACCAUAUUUUACAUCCUUCCACGCCUUUCAGGCCUGGUUGAAGACGAAUGGAUUGCCAUUGGUAAAUUUACCAGGUUCACUGACAUUCCUUCAGAUGCAGGAUUUCAGUGGUACCUUUCGCCGACUCACCUCUGUGAACUAAAACCGGGUGACUGGGCUCAGCAGGAUGUAGGUUCUCACUCGGGCGAAGCAGACAGCCAGUCAGAGUGGACGGAUGUUCAGAAGAAGAUUAUCCCUUGGAAAAACAAUGCCCCAGAUUUAGAUCUGGAGCUAGUAUUUCAGGAUCGUGUUGCCAAACUUGGGAAGUCCAUUAGCAGACUGAUUGUAGUGGCCUCCCUCAUUGAUAAGCCAACCAAUGUAGGAGGUCUGUGCCGGACCUGCGAGGUGUUUGGGGCCUCGGCGCUAGUGGUGGGCAGCCUUCAGUGCGUCACAGACAAGCAGUUCCAAGGCCUCAGUGUCUCAGCAGAGCAGUGGCUGCCUUUAGUGGAGGUAAAACCACCUCAGCUCAUCGAUUUUCUGCAACAGAAAAAAGCAGAAGGUUACACCGUCAUUGGUGUGGAACAGACUGCCAAGAGUGUGGACCUGAGCCAGUACAGCUUUCCAGAGAGAUCUCUGCUCUUGUUGGGAAAUGAACGUGAGGGAAUUCCAGCAAAUCUGAUCCAACAAUUGGAUGUUUGUGUGGAAAUUCCUCAGCAGGGCAUUAUCCGCUCCCUUAACGUCCACGUGAGUGGGGCUCUGCUCAUUUGGGAAUAUACCAGACAGCAGCUGCUCAGGCAUGGGGACACCGAAUCAUGAACUUUGUGCCUUAUCUGAGAUCAAUUAUCGGUGCUCUUGAAACAUUGUUUAAAACUAUGUGUACUAAUGAAAUUGAUUCUGAAAUUUACCAGGAUAAUUAGUAUUUUUCUUGCCAACUUAAUGCCAAAACUCUCUCAUGUGCCUUAAACAUAUUAUUAUAUGUUGUCCCCUUGAAUAAAUAUGUUUAGCUAAAUUGCAUUGCUUCUUUAAUAAAAUAUUUUAAGCAAUUGUGGAAAUGAAACAAUGUAUCUUAAGAAGAGAAUUUCUUUCCUGGAAACCAGUAUUGUCAGAAACGUGGACUGUGAUGGGAGUAAGGUGAAUUACAGCAGCUGCUGCCUGUGAACACCACAGCCUUACAUCUCCAGGAGGCACGGAGGGGUGGAAGCAAAGUCCCUGCAUGGAGAGGAGUCAUUAGCCUGUUGCUGCUUUGUAUGUACUUAUUCCCAGGGAAUAAGCCUGCUUGGCAAGAUGUUGAGUCAGCUUCCCUGUAGAAUUCAUGAUGCCCAGAUAAUAGGUUUUAAUUCCCUUUUAAAGCCAUGGAAUAGGCCAUUAUCAUUCAUAUGAACUUUUUGGAAAACUUUCAUACACUACCUUUGCUCAGAGAGUUCAGAUAAUAGAAAUAGUCUAUUCUGACAAAUGUCAGUAUCCGCCCAAAGAAUUAUUCUUUGCACGUGAAUUAUUCUUGCACAUCAUCACCAGGAGUGAGAAUGGAGCCCAGGAAGUCUGGUUUACCAUUUCUGUUCUUCUGAGGGUGUUUUUGUUUGAUACUGAGAUUACUUCAGUAUUGAAUGUUGACCAUUUAUCCCCAUCCCUCAAUGAACUUCAACCAUGUCUGGGUCCUUUUUUUUAAUAUUUAAAUUUCAAAAUCUGUUACCAGUAUAAUUUUUCUUCUGUAGCUUUAUUAAAAUAAUUUUUGAUUUGCAGAAGAGUUGCAAAGAGUACACAGUUUGCCUAUGCCCUUCACCCACAUGCCUCUAGUAGGAUCUUACAGAACCGUGGACACGUCUCAAAACUAGGAAAUUAACAUUGGUAAUGGUGCUGUUCACUGAACUGCAGACUACCAAUCUGCCCUCUACUGAGACUUCUCGUUCUGUUCCAGGACGCUGCAUCACAUUAGGUGGUUAGGUCUCCUUAGUCUCUGACAGUCUCCAUCUUUCCUCUGACACCUUCGAGGUACUGGGUAGGUAUUUUGUAAACGUCUCAUGAUUUGGGUUUGUAUGAUGUUUUCUCAUGGUCAGACCACGGUCUGGUUUCCGGAAGGACCCCCCCAGUGCUGAUGUGCCUUUGUCAUUGCAUCUCAGCAUGACCUAUUCCCUUGGUCGUCUGUCGAAGGCAGCGUUCACCACUUCUCAGUAAAGUUGCUAUUUCUCACUUUCUCCGCUCUGUUAGAAGCCGGGUCACUAAGCCUACCUACACUCAAGGCUAGAAAAUAAGCUUCGCCUCUUGGAGGGAGAAAUAGUUGGAGGCUGUGCUGGUAACUGUGUUGAGCAUGUUGCCCACUCAGUCUGGUACUCGUGAGUGGCUGUUGCCUGUGGUGUUCUCAGGGUGAUAGUCAGUGUUUCCUUCAUUCCUUCACCAUUUGUGACUUGGGAUUCUUCUGUAAGGACCACCAGUCCCUGAUUCAGUCAUUUGUUGAGAUCAGUGUGGAUGGAUGGCUUGUAUCCUUUUGACCUGCUCCCAUCCUUCCACUUCUUUUUUCUUUUAGAACUUCCUUUCUCUCUGGCAGUUCACAGUUCUCCGGGAGCUUUCAUUUUCCCCACCCCAGUUCUAGAAUCCAACAGUUCUGCAAGGAGCAUGGGUGCCAGACGUGCUUGCUGCUGCAGGCCCUCUCAGUGGCCAGAGCUGGCUAGUGUCUACACCCCGUGUGUGCACAAAUAAUACAAUGUCUAGAUGUGAAGGUGAACAGGAGCUCUUAGAGGCCUCGGGCACCAGUCAGCUCCACAAGGUUAA